AUCUUUAAUUUAUAAAGAAUUCUGAGCGCCGCAAUAUGGCGGGAGUGGUAAGAUCUUAGAUCACGGUGAAGAAAAUAUCCAAGUUCAUGCAGAAGUGACCGGUGAUUUGAUUUUCCUUCAUUACGAUGCCUCGUCCAAAGAGGACUGCCAUCAAGAAACCCAUUGUAAUUAACAGCUCUUCAGACAGUGACAGUUUUGAUGAAGAUGACGAUCCGGACAAAAUUGAAGUGCCAGGAGGAGGUAAAGAUCUGGCGACAUCCGCUGCAAUUAGCUCUCUAAAAAAUGAAGGUGGAAUCCUAGAACCAGUCAGCUCUGCUACCACUGCAGUGAAAUCACCAACUGUCAUCAAUGUUGUGCCAAAGAAAGAAAUGAAACUCUCUACUACUCCCAAAUUAGUUUCCGUUAAUACUGAAACUGGAACGAAUCCAAUGAACUCAAAACCCAUGGGCAUGAUGGGGAUGAAAGGUUUUGAUCCCGGCUACAUGAGUGGUGCAUCUGGAAUGGGUCCUUAUUCAAAUCCUCUAUCAGCGCCCGGCUCCUUAGGUAGUUUUGGUUUGUCACCUAUGAGUUACCCUGGAAUGCAUCCAGGACCACCGAACAUAAAUCCAUUGCAAUUCUUACAACCUAGUUUAGAUAGAGCCGGUGGCUUGUUUCCUCCAGGAUUUUCAACAAGCGCAUUUAAUCAGUUAUUAAUGUCUGCAAAUCCCUCAGCAACAGGAGCUCUCUUACAGCAGAUUCUCAGUUCAGGGAUGGGAAUGGGUGGAAUGGGAAUGACGCCUGGGUGGUCACCAUUCCCGCAGAUGGGAAAAAAUCUGCCAUACCCACCAUUCUGGGGCAGCAACGAAGACAAGAUUAAUGCAUUGAGAGAGGAGCAGCAAGAUGAUGAAGAUGCUGAAGAAGAUGGCAUGGGAGUUGCUGAAACAUACGCUGAUUACAUGCCAGCUAAAUUAAAAAUUGGCAAGAAGCAUCCUGAUCCUGUCGUGGAAACAGCGUCACUUUCCAGUGUUGAGCCUACAGACAUCUGGUACCAGUUGUCCAUUCCUGAAAGUACUAUCAAAUCGGGCGCUCUCUCUGCUCUACAACUUGAAGCCAUUACUUAUGCCUCCCAACAGCACGAGCACUUUUUACCUGAUGGAUCUCGAGCAGGAUUUUUAAUUGGUGAUGGUGCUGGUGUUGGAAAAGGUCGAACUAUUGCUGGAGUUAUUUAUGAAAACUAUAUGAAAGGUCGUAAAAGAGCAAUAUGGGUGUCAGUAUCAAAUGACUUGAAAUAUGAUGCGGAAAGAGAUCUUGGCGAUAUUGGUGCUGGAAAAAUUGAAGUUCAUCCACUGAACAAGUUCAAGUAUGCCAAAAUAUCCUCCAAUGUCAAUGGGAAUGUGAAAAAAGGAGUCAUUUUCUCAACGUAUUCUGCCCUUAUUGGAGAAUCAAGUCAAUCAGGAGGAAAGUACAAGACGAGACUGAAGCAACUAUUGCAAUGGUGUGGAGAUGAUUUUGAUGGCCUUAUUGUGUUUGAUGAAUGCCAUCGGGCUAAGAACUUGUGUCCGACUGGAUCGGCAAAGCCAACAAAAACCGGUCAAACUGUCCUAGAACUGCAGAAGAAAUUGCCCAAAGCUCGAGUGAUCUACGCUUCUGCAACAGGAGCAUCUGAGCCACGCAACAUGGCAUACAUGAUACGUUUGGGCAUAUGGGGUGAGGGUACGCCGUUCCCAGAGUUCAUGGAUUUCAUCGGUGCUGUGGAAAAACGAGGAGUUGGUGCUAUGGAAAUUGUUGCGAUGGACAUGAAACUGAGAGGAAUGUAUAUAGCAAGGCAACUUAGUUUUCAAGGUGUAACAUUCAAAGUCGAAGAAGUUCCUUUGUCUGAUGAGUUCAAAAAGAUCUAUGAUGACUCAGUAGCGCUGUGGGUUGAAGCAAUGCAGAAAUUCACGGAAGCUGGCGAGCUAAUAGAUGCAGAAAACAGGAUGAAAAAGACAAUGUGGGGUCAGUUUUGGUCUGCCCACCAACGCUUCUUUAAAUAUUUGUGCAUUGCGGCAAAAGUCAAACACGCUGUGGAGAUUGCAAGGGAAGCUGUCAAGUGUGGUAAAUGUGUUGUUAUUGGUCUCCAGUCGACAGGAGAAGCCAGGACUUUGGAGCAAUUGGAGAAAGAUGAUGGUGAACUGUCUGACUUUGUAUCCACUGCCAAGGGUGUCCUGCAAACUUUGGUGGAGAAGCAUUUCCCUGCGCCUGAUCGCAACAGAGUCAACCGACUUCUGGGCAUGGUCGAAGGUUCUGGUGUCUCAAGAAAAACGCCCAAAACAGCUAAGCAAAGCAACGGAAAUCUCUCACCAGACGAGCCGAGCCCAUCAAGUGGCCAAAAGCGUAAACCAGUGCGGCAGGCAGCUGCGCGAGCAUCGAAAAGAGUUAAAGAAGCCAGUGAUUCUGAUCUUGAUGGGGAAGAAGACUCUGACUUUGAUAUGUCUGAUGAACCUGCUGUGUCAGAAAUGUCUGAAACUGAUAAUUUCUCCAGUGAUAAUAAUCCUUUUGGAGAGGAUAGCGACUCAGAUGAACCUUGGGUUAACAAGAAGACAAAAAAGAAAAAAAAGAAGAAGAAACAACCUGUAAAGAAACGUCAGACAACUCAAGACAAACUGGAUGAUAUCAUCAAGCGAUGUAAAGUCAACGAUCGAGCUAAUCUCCAGCAGCUGAAUCCAAACGUCUAUGCUCCAGGUCGAGCUGCCAUAGAAAGAGCCUGUGAAAUGAAAGAAGAACUCCUGGAGAAAAUUGAGGAGUUAGGUGAAAAACUUCCUCCUAACACGCUUGACCAACUUAUCGACGAGUUGGGUGGACCUGAAAAUGUUGCCGAGAUGACAGGUAGAAAAGGUCGGGUAGUUUCAACUGAAGAUGGUGGUAUUCAGUACGAAUCUAGAUCAGAGGUGGAUGUUCCUUUAGAAACUCUUAAUCUUACAGAAAAGCAGCGAUUUAUGGAUGGAGAAAAGGAUAUUGCAAUCAUUUCCGAAGCAGCUAGUUCUGGAAUUUCACUUCAAAGUGACAGGAGAGCAAAGAAUCAAAGACGAAGAGUCCAUAUAACCUUGGAAUUACCGUGGAGUGCUGACCGGGCAAUUCAACAAUUUGGCCGAACGCACAGGUCAAAUCAAGUCAAUGCCCCAGAGUAUAUUUUUAUGAUAUCAGACCUUGCUGGAGAAAGGAGGUUUGCAUCCAUAGUGGCCAAAAGGCUGGAGAGUCUGGGUGCUUUAACGCAUGGUGAUCGUCGAGCAACAGAAACGCGUGAUUUGUCGCAGUACAAUAUCGACAAUAAGUAUGGACGAUCCGCGCUGGAGUCAACAAUGAAAACAAUCAUGGGAUAUGAAUCGCCGAUGGUGCCCCCGCCAAAAGAUUACAGUGGUGACUUCUUCAAAGAUGUAGCGGACGCUUUACUCGGAGUUGGAUUUAUAGUUAAUAGCGAAUCAAAUCCUGGUGUUUUAAUGUUAGAUAAAGAUUAUAAUAAUAUGAGUAAAUUUUUGAAUAGGAUUCUUGGCUUACCAGUUGAGUUGCAAAAUAGGCUGUUUAAAUACUUCACGGACGUGCUAGAAUACAUCAUUAGGCAAGCAAAGAGGGCUGGUCGUUUUGAUCUCGGUAUUCUUGACUUGGGCGCAGCUGGUGAUAAUGUGAAGCAAGUUAAAUUGUAUAAAUUCCUCCGUAAACAUGCCACCGGCGAAGCUACGUCCACAUUGCACAUAGUUCACGUAGAAAGAGGUAUGUCCUGGGAUGACGCAUUAUCCAAAUGGUCAGAACUCACAGGAUCACACGAAGGCUUUUAUAUAUCAAAUCAAGUCCGCAGUGGCAAGAAGCAUGCGAUUUUAGCAGUAUCAGUAGACUCAACUGAAAAAAGUGGAAAGAAAAGCUCAAAAAAAGAGAAAGAAGUUCCUUAUUUGCUAUACCGACCGAACACUGGUUUACAGGUGAAGCAAGAAACGCUAGGUGAAUUACAAAAAAAAUACAAGAAAGCAACCUCAGAUGAUGCUCAGUCUCAUUGGACCGAACAGUACGAGUCGGCAGAAAAUACUUGUUCUCAUGCUUAUUGGGGUGGAAACUGCAAAAUUGUCACUCUAGGUGGUGAUUGUGAUGUGGGUCUCAGGAGGAGAACGUACCAUGUUCUGUCUGGAUCUGUGCUCAGUGUAUGGAGUAGAGUAGAGAAAGUAUUAGCAGCCAGGAGUGGUGCAAAUGUAAAAAUGCAAGUCAUUCGGUUGAAAACUAGUGAAGGAACCAAAAUUGUCGGUACUAUUAUCCCCAAAUCCUGUGUGGAGCUAUUACGCAAAGAUCUUUCAGAGGAUGCCGAGAAAACAUGCGAAGAAACAUUCUAAAUGUCUCUUUAAUCUCUUGGCCAUGUGCAUAAAUUAUUGUAAAAUUUGUCCCUCCUCUCUUUAUUUUGUCAAUUUCAUUGUUUUUCAAAUUCCCUUUUUGUUUUUUACAAAUGAUGUUUUUCAUCUAGAGCCUCUUCGUGCCCCGCUUUUCAUUACUAUCACUAGGAAGACAGUGCAUCCGGACGUAACCACAAGGGAAUGCAGAAGUUGCAAAUGAUAUUAAUCAUCUCUGACUUACGCAAUUGUUUCAAUUAAUUGAUUUUACCUAGUAUAAGUUUGUAAUCCAAAUGCACAGACAUGUCAUUGCAAGAAGCUUCUCAAAACAUCAAGCAAUUUUUCCCAGCCAACGAGACACUCAAGCUCAGUUUUACAAAAGGAAAUAUAUAAAUAAUGAAGAAUAUGAGAGUGAGUCAGACUGAACCAGCCUUCACUGGUCACGCAAGCCUUUUUAGAGAACACUUUAUUAACUAGGGCGAUUGAAAAGAUAAUUCUAAAUAAUGAAAAAAUCUAAUAUCCGGUUGACAUUAUUUUUGAAAGUUCAAAAUUUAACUGAGUACAGCAGUCAAUUCACAUAUAAUUUAAUUUUUUUGACUCUUUGGCUCUGAUGCUCAAGAUUAAAUUGUUUCUGAACGAAAGUUCCACAGUUUCGUCAGCAAAGAGAAGAAAGUUAUUAUUCUCAUAAAGGCUUCAUGGUUAAUCUUACUAUCAGUACUCCAGCACUAUCUUUCAGAAUUACAUUUUAUAAAGACAUCCAGUUGUUGGUUUCAUUUGCAAAUUGAAUUCUUUCUUUCAUUUGCUAACUUACUUUCAUGAAAAAUGAUAAUGUAGCCAUUCAGGAAAUGAAAUUCAAUGGUUUUUAAACUCGUAUUCGUUCUUCUUCAUUGCCACUUGUUUUAAUGUCAAAAUUUUGUAAUUUUCUCCAAGUGAUCUUCAAAUUAAUGUUUAACGAUCCUACAAAAAUCUACUAAUUCGUCAGGAAAGUUUAUAAAUGUUUAAAGCUAAAAUGAUACUUUAUAAAAGAAAUGCUGGCUUGCCCAUUUUUUACAUUCUUCUGAGUUUAUUUCCUCCCCAGCAGAAAGGUUUGAGUGGUUGUUAUUUUCCCUUUGAACUUCCAAAAUCAAAAGAAUUUUCCAACCUGAUCACAUCCAUGACAUCUCUGACAAGUUGACAGGUUGGAAAACUGGCAGUCUCCAUCUCGUAGUAUGUAAAUCCUUAAUUUUCCUCUUUCCUUCAUUUUCCGCUACUUACUAUCUCACCUAGUAUUAAUCUUUGUAUUAUAUGUCGUAUGUACCUAGCCUCUAUCUCGUACUCAAUCUCAAACAGUUUCAAAUCCUCAAUUGAAACUGCCACGAUGUAAGGUAAAUCACCAAUUCUUUUCAGCUUGAAGAACUCUCACUUUUUAUUUUUCAAGAUCUUCCUUCCUCUUGGAGAUACCGCAAGAUGUAUUGACAGUGGAAGUACAAAAACACGUAUGUCGUUUGCAGCAGUUUAAAUUCACCUCUGCCAUUUAAUUUUUUGAAGUAAAACAAGGAACAUCAUUGUUUGAAAUUUUUACUAAUUAUUCUGUGUAAGACAAAAAAUGACAUGUAAAACCUUCAACAAAAAAUUGUUCAUAAGUAAAUUUUUCCCUGAAAAAUUACUUGCGAAAUUGAGAUGUGUGUUUUUAACUUCCAUUGUCACAAUUAAAAGCAGAAGCGCCCCAUAUCGUUAAGCAACAGUGAGGGUUGUGCUGUCCAGUGAGGUGAAAUUUGCUUCCCUGUGCUUUUUUCCUUUCUUUUUUAUCAUUAUGAUUUGUCUGUAAAUAUUUGAUGUAAAUAUCGUAAGUUAUUUGAAUAGCAUACUUGGACACUUCGAUUGUUCGAAAUUGGGAAGCUAGCAAAAGUCUCUUUUGUUUUCCUUAUUUUCCAUUCUAAUAGGCCUUAUCAAAUGCACGCUAGGCUAGUUUAAGUUUAAUUUUGUCAAUUUUCUCUCUCGGUAUUUUUUUUAAGGAUUGAACUAGACUUCAGGAAGCUUCCCAUUGACUUGUUCCUUAAUAUUCCUAAAGAGGUUAGAAAUAAAUAAAUUGAUCAUGGUUGCCUGAUCUUCUGGGCUCUUUUUUCCUCUGCUUGAACCAAGCACUUUCAUGUGAAUUUGGUGACCUUAAAAACGGCAAAUUUAAUAAACGCUAAGCCAGGAAGGCAAAUCUUUAUUUGUAAAAUGUAUCAUAAAAUGUCAUUUGUUGUAAUUUAUUUUUAUCUCUCAAACUAAUUCACAGCAGUUGAGCAGUUUUGCUUUGUAUUCCUUUUAACUCACACAUACUCAACUUCACUCACUGUGAAUCAAUUUGAUCAUUGCUGCUUUGGUGUAUAACUUGAGCUUAUUGGAAACAGAUGGUUUCCAAAUAAAGUCAUGUGGUGCUUAGACCUAAUAAAAUAGAAAACCAUUGAGUCCAA